AUGCUCUAUGAGGUUGUUUUUAAAGGGAAAGACAAGGAGUGUAACCUUGCCAAGAAGAUAGAUAACUCCUUGAUUACUGUGCCUAUGACAGGGGUUUUGAUUGUAAGAGAUCAUAUAUGUGUGUCAGUUUUGUACUCGUUUAAUGGCAAAUUCUACAAAGCAUAUGAGAUUUUGGAUCUGAAAUUGCCAUUAUGUAUUUCAAACCGGAAAUCUGUGGAAGACUUGUUGGAGAAUGCCAUUAAGCUAAAGAUACACUUUGAAGGAGUAGCAGAUGAAGUAGUUAGACUAAAGACUGAAAGCAACAAGCUGCCACUUCAAGAAGCGAACCAGUCACUGGACAUUUUUUUUUAA